AUGGAAGGUGCGCUGACCGCCCGCGACAAGGUCGGGGUGCAGGAUUUCGUGCUGUUGGACGCGCACACCAGCGAAUCUGCUUUUCUGGACAAUCUUCGCAAGCGUUUCCGGGAGAACCUCAUCUAUACAUACAUUGGCACCCUCCUCGUGUCCGUGAAUCCGUACCAGGAGCUGGGCAUCUACACCCUAAGCCAGAUGGAACUUUACCAAGGGGUCAAUUUCUUUGAGCUGCCACCACAUGUCUAUGCCAUAGCUGACAACGCUUACCGCAUGAUGUGCUCGGAGCUGACCAACCACCUCAUCCUCAUUUCUGGGGAGAGCGGGGCAGGGAAAACGGAGGCCUCCAAGAAGAUCCUGCAGUAUUUCGCAAUGACCUGCCCCAUGACCGACUCGCUAGAAAUCGCCCGGGACAGGCUGCUGCUCUCCAACCCGGUGCUGGAGGCCUUUGGAAAUGCCAAAACGCUCCGGAAUGACAACUCCAGCAGAUUUGGGAAAUACAUGGACAUACAGUUUGACUUUAAGGGCAUUCCCAUCGGUGGGCACAUCAUCGGUUACUUGAUAGAAAAGUCUCGAGUUGUCUAUCAGAACCACGGGGAGCGGAACUUCCACAUCUUCUACCAGCUGCUGGAGGGCGGCGAGGAGCAGCUGCUGGCCUACCUGGGGCUGGAGCGAGACCCCCAGCUGUACAGAUACCUGGCCCAGGCUCAUGGCGCCAAUGAGUCGUCUAUGGAUGACAGGAACGACUGGAAAACCGUCUCCAAUGCCUUUGCCGUCAUCGAUUUCACUGAAGACGACCUGGAGAAUCUCUUUGGAAUCAUUGCCAGCAUCCUGCACCUGGGGAACGUCUGUUUUAGAGAGAACCACCAGGGCUGUGCCACCAUUCCAGUCAUCAACGAGAUUAAGUGGAUCGCCAAGCUCCUGGGGGUCCAGCCGUCGGCCCUGCUGGAAGCUCUCACCCACAGGAAGAUUGAAGCCCAAACCGAGGAGGUGAUCUGCCCACUGACGCUAGAAAACUCUGUCUACGCCAGAGACGCGAUGGCGAAGGCCGUCUAUGGGCGCACAUUCACGUGGCUGGUGAACAAAAUCAACUCCUCCUUAGUGAACAAGGAGUUCACCAAGAAAACCGUGAUCGGGUUGCUGGACAUCUACGGGUUCGAAGUCUUCGACAAGAACGGUUUUGAACAGUUCUGUAUAAACUACUGCAACGAGAAGCUCCAGCAGCUCUUAAUCGAGAGAACGCUAAAGGCGGAACAGGCAGAAUAUGAAAUGGAAGGGAUAGAGUGGGAGCCGAUUCAGUAUUUCAACAACAAGAUCAUCUGUGACUUGGUUGAAGAAAGACACAAAGGCAUCAUCUCCAUCCUGGAUGAAGAAUGUAUCCGCCCUGGUCCUGCUUCUGACUUGAGUUUCCUGGAGAAGUUGGAAGAGAAAGUGGGGAAGCAUGCGCACUUCCAAACUUUCCUGGUGGAGAAGUUGGAAGAGAAAGUGGGGACUCAGUUCAAGACCAGCCUGAGCAGCCUUCUGGAAAUCCUCAUCUCCAAGGAGCCCUCCUACAUCCGCUGCAUCAAGCCCAACGAGAGGAAGGAACCCAGCAAGUUUGAUGACUUCCUCAUCAGGCAUCAGAUCAAGUACCUGGGGCUGAUGGAACACCUGCGGGUGAGGCGGGCCGGCUUUGCGUACCGGCGGAAGUAUGAGCAUUUCUUGCAAAGGUACAAGUCCCUGUGCCCAGACACCUGGCCGCACUGGCGCGGGCCUCCGGCAGAGGGCGUAGAGCGGCUGAUCAAAUACAUCGGCUACAAACCGGAAGAGUACAAGCUGGGGAGAACCAAGAUAUUCAUUCGCUUCCCCAGAACUCUGUUUGCCACGGAAGAUGCUUUUGAAUUUAGUAAACAUCAGUUGGUGGCGAGGAUUCAAGCCACGUACAAAGCCUGCCUGGAAAGAAGAGUGUAUGUGAAAAAAAGACAAGCAGCCAUCAAACUCGAAACCCACUGGCGUGGAGCCCUGGCCCGGAAGGAGGCCGAGAGGAGGAAGUGGGCUGUGCUGAUUAUAAGGAGGUUCAUCAAGGGGUUCAUCCAUCGCGACAAGCCUCUUUGCCCCGACAAUGAGGAGUUUGUCGUGUUCGUGCGCAAGAAUUACAUCUUGAAUCUUCGCUAUCACGUCCCGAAGAACGUCUUGGACAAGCGCUGGCUGAGGCCUCCUGGCAUCUUGCAAAACGCAUCGGAUCUGCUCAGGAAAAUGUGCGUGAGGAACCUGGUUCGGAAGUACUGCCGCGGGAUCACAGCCGAGAGGAAAGCGCUGAUGCAGCAGAAGGCGGUCGCCAGCGCAGUCUUCAGGGGAAAGAAGGAAGGCUAUGCGGAAAGUCUGAAUAAACCCUUUGCCAACAGUAGGAUAGACGAAGGAGACAUCAAUCCCAAAGUGCUUCAGCUCAUCGGCAACGAGAAAAUCCAGUAUGGCAUCCCGGUCAUUAAAUACGACAGGAAAGGCUUCAAGGCGCGUCAGCGGCAGCUCAUCCUCACGCAGAAAGCCGCGUACGUGGUGGAACUGGCCAAAAUCAAGCAGAAAAUAGAGUACUCGGCACUCAGAGGUGUCUCUACCAGCAACCUGAGCGAUGGAUUCUUAGUCAUUCACGUCUCACCAGGAGCCAACAAGCACAAGGGGGACGCCAUCUUGCAGUGUGAGCACGUCUUUGAAGUGGUUACGAAACUCGUCAUGCUGGUUAAGAAGGAGAACAUCGUGCAUGUUGUUCAAGGAAGUUUACAGUUUUAUAUCAGUCCUGGAAGAGAAGGCACAAUAGUUUUCGACACGGGACCAGAAGAACAAAUCUAUAAAGAUAAAAAUGGACAGUUAACAGUGGUGAGUGGCUGUGUCUGGGGAGGGAGGGAAGCACUUUUUGAUGAGAAUAAAGAUGAAAAUGCUGCCAAUUUCAGUCCUCCUGUAGAUGGACUGGAAUCAUAGCUAGUUCAUCUCUUUCUAGUCCUGCUCCCACAUCUGAGAAACAGGAAGGAACUGGAAUUGGUCCUGGAGACAUAGAUCCAAAUGCUGGGUGAAGCAAGAGUUUACUGCCAUGUUUACUGGGAGCCAGAGCUGACACUCAACCCUCCUCGGGUUUAAAUGGCAAAGCCCCGCUUUUCACUGGGCGGCGCAGGUGUUGGGCCUCAUCACAGUGGUUCUCAAACUUCACACUGGAGCCUCCUGCGUUAGCAUCUCACCCCCAGGCUCUGUGCUGUCAUUGGCUGCGGGUGUGGCCGAGUGCUCAGAGCUUUGCCCUUCCUGCCAAGUAGCUUAUUCUGAGCCCAGCUCCAGCAGCUCCCUUUUGGCGUCACAGAGCCUGUCUCCUACCUGCUUAGCUGAAGGUACUAACAGGCCUCGCGAGCCCAUUUCUGUGUGGCUGGUCGAAGCGACAUCACCUACCUGGGUGAUGCUGACGGGUGGGGUGAUAACUGCUUCCUUCCGAGGGGGGCGAGGUGAGGCCUCUAAGCCGCCACGUGGACUCUUCCAGGUGUCUGUCCGCAUGAAGUCCUGAUAGAGGGUGGCGUCUGCCGAGGCCAGGACGUAGGAAGCGGGAUUUGACCCAGGAAGCUACCCCUUCGAGGAAAGGCUCCCGCGGCUCUGAAGAAACGGAGCGGCUUCCCAUGCCAGCGCCCAUUCCCAGCUGCCCUGUCGCGCUAACGUCGAACGUCCUCUCGGGGAGUCACGUCACCGAGAGGGUGGUUGUGAACGUCCCCAGUAGGAUAGACACUCGCUGCGCACUCUGCCCGGUCACUGUAAGGUAGGCAACAGCUUCUCUACCUUUGCCGGCUGCCUCCAAGGCACAAUGAAGUGUUAGAGGUGGUCUGAGUAAGUAACUGAAAGUUCACAACGCUGCAACAUUUGAAUUUUGCUUUAAAUACAUGGAAUUAGAAAUGUACCCGAUUCCUUAACAUUUCUCAUAGGCUCUCUAGGUUCCAGAUGGUGAGCUGUGUCUCCCCAAAAUUAAAUUGGUGGCAACACCAGCUGAUUGAUUGGUUUUGCUUCUUCAGAAGCCCAGCUGCGUUUCUGCCCCAGACUCCCUUUUGGUGUUUAAAUUCAGGCGCUACAGGGAAAUCACUCAGCUUUCCCACCCCGAGCAACUUCAAGGUGGUCGGGUAGAAGGUACUGUGACUGCCUAGCUCUCUCUGCUGAACACUGCACUUCACUGUGCUGGGGUUUCUGAAAAGACCCAGAAAACUGGCUUACGUAGAAGCAUUAUAUAUAUAACUUUUAUUGUACAUUAUGUCCACAAAUGCUUGCACAACAUACAGUGACGACUUCUAAAGCUUACAGCAUCUUUUUCCAUAGCACAGAGAAACAGAAAGCUUAAGGACGCACAGAUGUGUAGAGAGCACCCAAUCCAAGAGUCGGGCUGCGUGUUCCCACGUGGGCCCUGAAUAGCUGCUGGGAGGUACACACACCUAUUAGGAAGCAGAGGGCUGGGACCUGCCCAGCGACCAACCUGCUAAGCCGCUGCAGGAGGGCGACAGAAGGGGCUAUGCCAGGGGCCGUCUCGGGCACAGGCUCCUGUACCACAAUCAGGUGGUGUAGUUGAAAAAACAACUUGAUUACAAGGGACCAAAAGCUGUUCACCCCUUUCACUGUAAGCUAUUACAAUGUAAUAAAACUUUACUCUUUACCAGAUAUUAGGCCCGUGUUUUACUUGGAUGGUUCUUAAGCGUAAAUACUGACUUGUUUGCCCCAAUGCCAGCAUAAGAAAAAUUAGGUCCUUGUAGAAUAUACUGGGUAACAGCUGGGCCAGCCAAGGCCCUCUGUCAGCUCAUGGCCAUGCAGCAGCAUUCACCUGGAAUGUCGUAGGGACCUCUCCUAUCCCAGGGGAGCAGUUGGAGGAAAAGUGAAAGGAGAGAGACAGAGACAGAGACCGCCAGAAACAUUAGGUCAUCAGGUGGAGAAGCCCAAACAAAUCACUUGUUCCACAAACGUACUCUUCGUGUAAACAUUUAAAAACAAUGUAUUUGAUGGCUUUUCCAUUCCUACAGGAAACAUUAGAACUGACAUUCACUUUAACUUUCUAGAAAAGUUCAACCCAAAUGGCAGGGUUGCUGUUGGAACUCGAACAGUAUAAAAUAUUUAAGAAACAUUUUUUAAGCCCCCCUUUCCUUAGCACUUAAUAAAAUCCGAACGGCCUCAUGCGAAGGUUCCCACACAGUUUAAAAAGCAUCUACCCAGUCCUUGAUUUUGGGGUUGUCACCAUUGUUUAAAGGUUUAUUGGAGGCUUCGCUGCUGGAU